AUGGGAGGUGUCGCGUACCGCAAUGAGCGGCAUCGUCCACUCAUCCGCGUCGACUCGCUCGCCGUGGGGCUACUUUGCUGCACUACGGGCCUCGUUCACGCCCCCUUCGCCUCCCGCUCUCGUCCCUCCCCCAGCUAUCGCGGCGGCGAUAGCCGCGUUCCCUUUACAUACCCUUCUCUUCCCCAAGGCCCCCAGGUUCUUUCCGUUCACCACAUGUCACCCUUUCAUAAGGAUUUUCUUCCUUCUCGCUCUCCCGCGCACGCAUCGCUGCACAAUCCACAUCAUCAUCAUCAGCAGCAGCAGCAGCAGCAGCAUCAGCAGCAGCAUUGUCACCGUCCCCUCGUCGUCAGCCAGUCUCGCGUCGCUAUGGCGCGAGGCGGGCCGCGUUCCGCCCUUCCAUCCGGCCUCGCGGCGGUCCUCGCUGCUCUCACUGCCCUCGCGCUCCUCGCGGAAACCAGCGCUUUAACAUGCGACACGGAUGUGCAGUUCAAAAGCUCAGGUGGAGGACUCUUAGGUGGAUUGUCAUCGUCGCCGCUUUCCAGCGUCAAGGGCGACUCUCUCUGCGACAACGUGAAUCGCGACAAGUUCGCCAAGGGGUCGCAAGUAACGGCGACAAUCGCGUGGGGCUCAAAGAGCCGCAUUAUCAGUUUCGGCAACCCCACGUGCAGCGCCAUCGCGUUCCACUCCGCGCGGGACUGCGCGGGAGGCCCCUACGUCACGUACCUGCGGCCCCCGUCGAUCCCCGACGACACCAAGUGGUGA